AUGACCGGCGUUGGGAGAUUAAGCUUUUAUUUGAUGCGGAUCUCUAAGCAACAAGGCGUUCUAGUCAAAUUAAGAAGGCGCCAGGACGUCGCUGUCGCAGCGGUCGCGCAAAAGUACCAACAAGAGGCUGCAAAGCGGCUGCGAGACGACGGCAUCAAGCAAUUCGAACCGCUGCAUUUCAGCGACAACGAGCGCCUGCGCAGCCUAGUCGACGAUCGAUGGGCUGACCAUGCUGCGCUCGACGCAUUGCCUGUCCCUGUUUCCGCGCAUGAACGAAUCAAGUUUCUGGUUGUUGGCGCGGGGAUAGGCGGCAUUGUCAUGGCCGUCAAGCUGCUGCAGAAGGGGUUCCGUGCGGCGGAAAUACUUCUUGUCGAUGCUGCGGGAGGCGUAGGCGGGACGUGGUAUUGGAACCGGUAUCCGGGCCUGCAUUGCGAUGUCGAGUCGUACUGCUAUUUACCUCUCCUGGAAGAAACGGGGUACAUGCCGCAGCAAAAGUACAGCUCGGGCGUCGAGAUCCGCGCCUACUUGGAGACGGUAGUGCAGAAGUUUGGAUUGGGCAGUCGAAUCUUGUUCCGUACUCAAGUCAACAGGCUGGAAUGGGAUGAUGCGGAAAAGGCCUGGAGAGCCAACGUGACCAUGCGCCGUGGCUCUGACGGAACCCAGGAGACGGGCCUCUCGUUCUACGCUGAGAACGUCACCAUUGCCAACGGCCUGUUUCCCUAUGCCCAAGUGCCAAAGAUAGCUGGAUUGGCGCACUUUGGCGGGGAAAUGCUGCAUACCGCGCGCUGGAAUUACGACAUCACGGGCGGCUCUUGUGAUGAAACCUUCCCGGAACUGAGCAAGCUCAAAGACAAGGUAGUCGGUAUUGUUGGGACGGGCGCCACUGCGAUCCAGGUUGUGCCCGAGCUUGCCAAACACGCAAAGGAGGUCUAUGUAUUCCAGCGCACGCCUUCGCAAGUAUUCGUCCGGGGCCAGCGAGAGACAGACGGCGAAGAGUGGCGCCACAGCAUCGCCGCGAAACCAGGGUGGCAGCGAGCUCGUAUGGAAAACUUAGGCCUGGCAGUCGCGGGCCAGAUGGAUCCAGAGAAAGAUCUUGUUCGCGACGCGUGGUCCGAACUGGAAACAUUUGGCGUCCUCAUUGGCAGCAAUCGGUUCGGAUUGAUUACACCUGACAAGGUCCCACAGCAUAUUGGAACUGUGCUUGCAAUCGAUGCAAAACAUACCGAACGGGCUCGCUCGCGCAUCGCACACACAGUCAAAGACAAAGAUACGGCAGAAAAACUGACGCCCUGGUAUCCGACAUGGUGCAAGCGCCCAACGUUUAGCGACACAUAUCUUGACGCCUUCAACCGCGAAAACGUCCAUUUGAUUGAUACAGACGGCGCCGGCAUCAGCGGCUUUACGCCAAAAGGCGUCGUUGCAAAUAGCCACGAAUACCCAAUUGACGUCCUCGUCCUGAGCACUGGGUAUCGUUCGCCGGGCGUCGGCGGGGAUCCAGGCUCGCGUACUGGUACCGAGAUUGUUGGUCGUCAUGGACGCCCCUUGGCAGACAAGUGGGAAAAGCAGGGCGUGUCCACUUUGCAUGGUGUGGCGACAAAUGGGUAUCCUAACAUGUUCUUCAUAGGGGCAAGCCAAGCCGCCGCCCCUGUCACUUGGACCCAUCUAGUCGAUAUACAGAGCGAGCACAUCGCUUCCAUAAUAAAAACAGCUCAAGGUCGUGCGGGAGACGGAAAAGGAACCCCUAUUAUUGAACCUUCGGUCGAGGCAGAGGACGCGUGGGGUAUGGCCAUUGCCCAAGGUUCGGCUUUCUUUGGUGCAUGUGCUAUCUGCACACCCAAUUAUAGCAACCAAGAAGGCCAGGCAUUCAAAAUGCCUGCAACCAAUGACCAUGCAGCAAUGAUGAAAAAGGCAAAGGCAGCCAUCUGGUACCAGGGGUUGGUCUACUUUGGUCAAAUGCUGGAGAAUUGGCGCGAGGGCGGACAUUUGGACGGGCUAGAGAUAGUGGUAGGCUGA